GCCAAGGCAGUCAGAGAAGAGGCACCAUUUACUUACCGUCUAGAAAACGUCCUGAGAGGAGAGAUUACAGAUAAAGAGCAACUCUGCACGCCAAAGCGAUAGUGCAGAAUCCAGAAUGGAUGUCCUCUUCUUAGCCGCCCUUGCUGUGCCACUUAUCCUGGGGAAGUCCACUCCUGAGCCUGAGCCUGCCAGCCCUUUUCUUAUAAACGGGAUGAGAGAAGAGCUAGAAGGAGAAGCUCUUGUCCCUGCAGGACAGGAAUACGAGGACGAAGAAGAGCUGGACGAGAGUGAAUACUAUCAAGUGUCGUAUUAUUAUUACACAAUUACCCCUAAUUACGAUGACUUUAGUCCAAACUUCACUGUCGAUUACUCCGUGUUUGAGUCGGAGGAUAGGUUGAACGGGUUGGAGAAGGAGGCGACCACAGAGGCAGUGGAGACCACCAUUAGUCUCCACACAGAACUCGCGGACCCUCAGAAUCCUGUGACGAGGAGACCAGUGACGACGAAGCCAGUGACUACAGAGCCACAGAUUCCAGAUCAGAAUGAUGCCAUGUCCAGCCUGCAGAGUUCUGUGUCCUGUCUUCUCUUAUGGACCCUCCUUCAAGGAGGGCUGCACUUUAUGUAGAAGGUGAGAGAAGGCUGCUAUGACUCUUCGGACUAGAGUUUGGCAAGAAGUUGGUUGAAAAAUAAAAUAGUUUUGUCUACUUCUUAAUGACGGUUCUAAAGUCAACAAUUACAGCAAAACUUGGGGGGGGGACAUGAAGGGCAGAUCAGAAAGAGAAUUAGAAACCAGUGUAGUGGUGCAUGCCUAGAAUUCGGGAGGCAGAGGCAGGCACAUCUCUUGAGUUCAAAGCCAGCCUAGUCUGCAAAGAGUUCCUCCAGGGCAGCCAGGACUAC